CAUUUUAUAAUUUAGCCAUGCAGAGAGGAGGUUCAAAAGGUCACAUUCUUGACAAGAGGUUAUUGCAGAGAAUCAAUGAGUAUGUAGAUACUCAGCCAAAGCAGAAGUAUAUCACAACUGAUGAUGUCUUGGCGUAUUUGCAGUUUAAAUUUCCCGAAUAUCAACGCAAAAAGAAGAAAGCCCUGCAGGAUUCUGUCCAAAAGUAUCUCCAGGAUAUUUUGGUUGAACGACAUGGGCCACAGAGUAAGAAAUCAAGAAAGAAAAGUGUUGAUGUGAACGACGUAGUCAGUCUCACUUCUUCCAACGAGAGUGAAUAUGAAGAUGUCAACGCAAUGCCAUUGAUGGUUGCACAGAAUGUGAACAGCCUGAAUAACACUAUGAGGAAUGUCUACCAACAACAGUCCCAGUCCCAGCCCUGCUCCCCUCUUAUCGAGCGGAGAGAUAACCAAGGUGGCUCUGCGCCAAAUUCCCCUAAAAGGGACUCGAGAAAAGGUUGGUUUAUAGACAGGCAGCCCGGACAACGCAACCACUCGAUAGCAAGCGAGCAGGCGUGUCUGGAGCUGCACGUUAACAAUCUCCAGCACAAAUCAAUGGAGGAGUACAUGAACCUGCGCAAAGAGAUAAGUAGUGAUGGAGUUAUUAACGAUGAAAUUGCUGAAGAAGACGAAAUCGUUGCCACAAAGUCAUCGGAAAUAUUCGAGGUGAUAAAGGAGAAUUUAAGCAACAAAGUUGAAACCAAGUCUGAGGCUGACAGUGGAGAUGCCGACAGAAAAGCCAGUAAAAAGACAAAGAUGCAGAAGAAGACCGUUGUUGCUGUUGAAGAUAUAGCUCAGUCUGGAAACCGAAAGAAAAAUGGUGGGGGAAAUCGGAGACGGGAGUCCGCCCCUCAUUACUCUAGAAAAUACGACUCAGAUUCCAGAGAUAACAAACAGAAGGAAAAUAAAACUGAAUCUUCUGAACCUCCAGCUGUUACCAUCUUUAAACAGAAAAUGCGGCCCAACACGGAAGGUGUAAGCAAUGACGAAGAGGACGGUGCUGCGAGCCGGCGCGCGUCCAGCAGCACUCGGCGCAGAUCUUCUCGCAUGACUGACAUUCGGGGAUCUUCCUACAAUGCUGAUAGAGAGUACAGAAAUUUAGUGCAGACGAGUAUAACGUUCCAUGAUAUGGCUGGCGUCGAGGAAGUUACUGAGGACAUAUCACGAUUACUAGUCCACCUGCUACACCCUGAGAUAUUCUCCACGCUAGGAGUCACUCCCACACAAGGGCUCCUUCUUCACGGCCCUCCUGGGUGUGGUAAAACAAUGUUAGCAAGUGCAAUAGCGGGGGAGCUGAAACUGCCCUUCUUCAGUGUUACUGGAACUGAGCUGAUCAGCGGGUUUAGUGGGGAGAGUGAACAUAACAUCAGGAGCUUGUUCAGACAGGCAAGAUCAUUGGCGCCUUCCAUCCUGUUUAUCGACGAAAUAGAUUCUAUCUGUGGUAAAAGAGAGGAAGCUUCAAAGGAUAUGGAGAAGAGAAUAGUGACGCAGCUUCUGAGUUGUAUUGACGAUCUGGGAGCUCGAGCUGGGAGUCACGUGCUCCUUCUAGCUGCAACUAGUCGACCUGACACUAUUGACGGUUCCAUGAGACGUGCAGGACGGUUGGAUAAAGAGAUUUGCUUAGGAAUACCCAACGAGAGACAGCGGAUAGCCAUUUUAACAAAGCUGUGUGUUCCCCUGAAGCUAGAAGGAAAGUUUGAUUUCCACCAGAUUGCCCACAAUACUCCUGGCUACGUAGCUGCUGACCUUGUAUCCCUGGUUAGAGAAGCCUCGCUGAACGCAGUGUCCCGUACCUUGCCCUCUCUCCUUGCCACUGUCGAGGAUCCCAAAACUACAUCCUCCUCAAGCUGCGACUCAGAAUAUUUCAAUCAGCCCUCUAAAAACUCUUUCAGAUCCAUGCUCAGUGAUACAAAUCCGAUACCGAUACCAGAAGAGAAGCUCAACAAAAUCAGUAUAACGCUGAAUGACUUCCUGGAGGCGGUCAAACACGUGCAGCCGAGCGCGAAACGGGAAGGUUUCGCAACUGUUCCCGAUGUGACGUGGGAUGACGUGGGAGCCCUGACGGAAAUUAGGGAGGAGCUGACUAUGUCCAUCCUGGCUCCUGUUAAAUAUCCGGAGAAGUUUGCAGCGCUGGGACUGACCCGAAGUCAGGGCAUUCUGAUUGCCGGACCUCCGGGAUGUGGUAAAACACUUCUAGCUAAAGCAGUCUCCAACGAAAGUGGUAUCAACUUUAUAUCUGUUAAAGGGCCUGAGCUACUGAACAUGUAUGUGGGAGAGAGUGAACGAGCAGUACGGACAGUCUUCCAACGGGCCCGGGCUUCGGCUCCUUGUGUCAUUUUCUUCGAUGAGAUCGACUCUCUGGUACCCAAACGGUCCUCUUCAGAGACAAACGCGUCAGCGCGAGUUGUCAACCAGCUUCUAACGGAAAUGGAUGGACUGAACUCUAGGAAGAACGUUUUUAUCAUCGGAGCUACCAACAGGAUAGAUAUUAUAGAUCCUGCUAUUCUUAGACCGGGCAGACUCGACAAGACGUUGUUUGUUGGGUUGCCCAACGCAGAAGAUCGGUUAGCGAUCCUACAGACUAUCACUAGAGGUGGUAAACCUAAACUACAUUCCGAUGUGUCUCUGAGUGAGAUAGCUGACGCGGCUCAGGGAUACACUGGUGCUGAUUUAUCUGCAAUUGUACGAGAAGCCUCCGUGAUCUGUCUGAAAGCUGACAUGCUGUCUGGACGAAGUGGUGACAACUGUCAGGUGGCCAAGGAACAUUUCACCAGAGCUUUGUUAAAUGUGAGACCAUCAGUCUCUCUCACUGACAGACUGCUGUACGAACAGAUGGCUAAACGUGGCCUGGACAUGUCUGUGUCGUUAUGAGAGCGACCGUGAUGAAGGAGAGAAAGCCUGUAGGAGUCAUUUUCAUUUUUCAUUGUGAUUCAAGUUUAUUCAAAGCCAUGUUUGUUAAGAGUUGAAAGAAGAUUUCGGCAAAUUUCUGGAUUGAAUGCAAAUGAAAACUUUUGAUAUGUAUGCUUUGCUUCGGGUUGACGUAACAAGAUGAAAA